GCCAUCGAAGAUGGCUGCCGCGCGUUACGAAAGACCGGACGGUGUAUCACGGGGAAGUCGUUUCUCGAUCGUUGAUAUAAUCGCCGCGCCGCCGUCCGCUCUUCUUAGUCGUCGGGCACGGUGGUGGCCGUCGACGCGAUGGUAUACGAUAUUAAGUGGAUCAUACCAAAACUACGGAACCCGUCCCGACUCUGGAACAUCGCGAGCAGCAUAACCUUCGCGGCGGUGGGCAUUUUUUCGAAAAUCAUCAUAGAAUGGCUGAACAAAACAACGGUGUACAACAAGCACAUUAUUGUGCGCGCCUUAGACCUCCGGCCGAAAAAUGUUCCGCUCAUUACCGUGUCGAAUCAUCACAGUUGCUUCGACGAUCCGGGUAUAUGGGCGACCCUGGACUUCAGGCACUCGUGUAGCCGACGUAAGGUACGAUGGUCGCUCGCCGCGCAUGACAUUUGUUUUACGAAUGUCUGGCAUUCCUACUUUUUCAUGCUCGGCAAGUGCAUACCCAUCGUCCGAGGAGAUGGCGUGUAUCAGGAAGCCGUGGACUUCUGCAUCGAAAGGUUGGCCCUUGGCGAGUGGGUGCAUGUCUUCCCCGAGGGAAAAGUCAAUAUGCUUAAGGAAGAAAUGAGAUUGAAAUGGGGCGUGGGUAGAUUAAUAUUGGAAUCACCCAUCACGCCUAUCGUAAUUCCUAUCUGUCAUCUCGGUAUGGAUGAAGUACUUCCCAACGAACCGCCGUAUAUGCUUAAAGUGGGAAAAAGAGUUACCAUGAAUUACGGUGAGCCCAUAGACUUCAGUGGAUUGCUGACCGAAUUGCGGGAAUCAAAAGCAAGCGAGAUGGAUGCGCGUAAAGCGAUAACUGAUCGCAUUCAGCAAGAGCUUUCCAGAUUGAAAGCAGCAACGGAAAAGCUUCAUGCUAAGUUAUGACGAAGAUUAUCUAUUUUUCGUCAUCCCUCCGUCUAGCCUUAAUUUGCCAAAAAUAUAAAGAGAAAUUGAUAUCAACAAAAGUGAGAUUUGUAUGUAAACAUAAAUCCGUACGAAAUUAGUUUUUUUUUUAAUGCGUAUUUUGUAAUAUGUAGUAUUUUUGACAAUACUGAGUAAUGUAAGUAUCAAUUGUAUUAGAAGUCAUUCUGCGAACUACGAUGUUUAUAUCGUUUAAAUUAUUCUUCGUAACUCUUCGAGAGAUCACUUGAUACGCCUACACAAAAUACAUCUAUAAAAUUAUGCACUUGCUUCCGCAAUUUUACAUAUUUUUCUAUUAAUAUAAAUUGAGAUCUGUUUAAGCGAUUUAUUGAAAUCCU